AUGUUAUUAACUAGCGAAAAUAUUGAAUUCUACACUUAAAGAAGAAAAUAGUAUACUUAAGAUUUCCUUAAGUUGACUAACUAAUUCAAACCUAAAUUAGAGCAAUUACAAAGACGUUUAAUAGCAUAAAAAUAAAUUGUGGAUGGUCCUAUUAAAAUUUUAAAUACAACUUAAAAAGGCAAAAAAUUCAGUAGAGUUUUAUUAUCUCUUUCAAAGUCUAAAGAAGUUUAAAAUAAAAUUGAUCAAGAGAUGAAUAGAUGUUCUUAUUAAUUUGAGUUAGAUGAGGCCUUAAAUUGUAAGUAUUAAUAACUUUAUUAUAAAGAUUCAAUUAUUCUUAAACAUGUAAAAAGAUUUAAUAAUCUAUGAUUCCUUUAAUUGAAAAUAUUAAACUUAAAAUUAAAGAAAAGAAUCAAGAAUUAUCAAAUAAUGAAGAGAGUUCAAAUUAAUAUAUGCAGGUAUUAAUACAAUUUUAAUAAAGAGAGAAGAAUUAUAAAAAAUAAAACAAAAAUCAAAUAAAUACUCUAAAAUUAUUGAAAAACUUUAAUCAAUGGAGAUUAAGAAAUAAUAAUAAGAGAGUAUUUAAAAAUAGAGUUUCAAAAAUUUUGAUAAAAUUGAUGAAAAUGAAGAGAUUCUGGGAUAUUCUGAUAAACCAAUUACAUCAAGAAGAACUCUAUGUUCAUCAAUAUAAUAUGAAGAAGAUAAAAAAUUCUAAUAGAUUCCAAGUAUUUCAUAAAAUGAAUAAGACUCAUAAAAAAAUUCAAGAUUUCAGGAUCUAGACUAAAUAAUUAGAAAACAUUAUAAGAAAAUGGGUUUAUUAAAUAAAAGAUAAGAAAGUAUGAUGGAAUUAAAACAUUGUAUAAAUGAUAAAAGAUCAAUAACAUAGGAAAAUUUUAACUUAUAAAAUGAUAUAAAACUUUAGUAUUCUCAAAAUAGGUUUAAACCUAAUAAAAGAUUUUCUGUUACAAUUCUCUCAACAUAAAUAAACUCUUCAAACAUAACGUAAAAAUUAAUAUUAAUUUAAGUCCAAUUUUUGAUGAUCAAAAUGGUAUAGUUACUUGUAAUGCUGCAAAUAAAAAAAAAAAUAAUAGUUUAGAUCCAAAAACAUUUAAAACAUAUAAAAAGAUAUCGAAUAAAUAUUUAGAUAAUUUAGAAAAAGUUGAUAAAAAUAAAAAUUUCCAUAUAAAAAUAGAUUCUUGA